AUGAGUGACGGGGGUGGUUCGACUCCACUAGGGGUCGACUGGGCCGGGGCCUUUGCUGCCAGCAGCAGCAGCUUCUCACUGGAUAGACAAGGCGUGGAGGGCUCCAUCACGCCGUCCUCCUUCCGACUGCAGCCCUUGGGAGAUGAGGACUUUGGCGGUGAGUUCUCCCCUCAGGCUCUUGCGGGCCUCACGCCUCUUGCUGUGGACGGCUCGCUCACACCGGGGUUUCGAUUACAGCCCCUCGGUGAUGAGGAGUUUGGCGGCCAUGCCCAAGCCGCUGCCCAACAGUUGAAGCCCCUAGCUGCGGUAGACCGACAACAGCGGAACUACGUGGCUAGACUCGGCGCUGCAGAUGAUGCUAAUGUAAGGGCGCGGCAGUGGCGGGGUAGUUACGACAUAGAAAUGAUGCCUGGUGGUGAAGUGAUAUCGACAGGCCAGCAACAGCAGCAGCAGCCUCCUCGUAAAAGGAAGCAUAGUGGCACUGACAUUGAUGGGGCUCCCUCGGGGAUGCCAACUGGUCAAGGGGCCUGGCCUGUGAGCUAUGGUAUGUUGUCGGGCAUGGUCCUUGGGCUGGAUACGGCCAUUGGAACUGUGGCUGAGAAUGGUAUUGUGCGGGCUAGGGCUCCUAAGGCGUUGCCGAUGCCGGUAGUGCAGCAAGCUGGUAGAAGAGAGGGGCAUCUGUUGCGGGAGAUGGAGCCUUUCCUCCAAGGGCCUUUGGACAUGUACUGCAAUGCCCUGGAGGGUUCGGAUGAGUUGUUAUCCUCCUUCCCGAGCUUCCUCUCAAUGGUAGCAACAGACCUUGUUGGUCCCGAGAUGGACUCUGGUGAUGAGGCUAGAGCUGCUGCGGCCGCGGAGUCGGGUAGUGAGGGCGGCUCUAGCGACGACUGGGACUCUGAUGUGGCGGAUUUGCGUCGCUCCGCUAGGCAGCAGCUUAUGGAAGAUUCCCUACGUGGUGCCCCUCAUGCAGAGUGCGGCAAGGAGCUCUUGGGUAUUGAGUACUGGCCUCAGUUCACUACUAUAGUGGCUAUGAAACCGACGCCUUUGCGGGCUAAUGAACAGCGGUAUCAUCGGCGGCACCUCUGGCAGGUGGAUUUUGAUGCAUAUAAUGACAAGUGGUGGUGUCGAACUCGGGCGGAACCCUUACCAGUGGUGUCGACCGAGAGCAGCCCAAGUACGUCAGCAGCGAAUACCCCGAAUAGUCAGGCGGCUCCUAUACAGCCAAAGAAGGCCUGCCGGUAUAACACGCCCAAGGAGGUGUCCCUUCGGGAUGAGUCCACCUACGUUCUACUCGAAGGUGUUGAACAGUACCCUAUACUCAUGCACCAAGUGGGCAUGAGCGCUUACUUGAAUACGUAUCUACCUGCUAGCAGCAGAGUCAUGAGCCCGGCCCCUCCUAGUGACACUCUGGGGCGAGUACGCUACGCCGGUGAUGAUGGCUUCAUCCCUGGGGUUUAUGGCGGCAAUGUUGUCAGAUUUGACCCCAUGUCUGGAAUUAACUCAUGUACUCUUAUCGAGUCGGUCCUCCUACGAGCGCCUCUAUUUGAGCACCAAACCGACCCUACGGACUUCCUGUUCAUACGCUGUCAGGAGACUGUGGCUGCUAGCAAGGGCAGAGGUCACAAUGUUAAAAGGUCGAGAAAGCAGCAGCAGCAGACAGACAAUACUACGAAGUACAUUAAUAUUAUACGACCACUACAGCGGCUCGUUUGCAUGGGCCAAGCUGAGCCGUUGGUGAAGGUGGACCCGCCACUACCAGCUAAGAUCAAUCCUCUUAUGCGGUCCAGGAUCGUGCUGGAGACCCGCAAGUCCUUCCGGCAUUAUCGUCGGCCCCUAAGACCUGACGAUGUGGUUCGAAUGUUUGGGCAUGCGAACAAGAGGACUACUCUGGAGCGCUUCAUAGCGGCGGCGAAUCAUGAGCUCCAGGUCCGUCCCGGCCAGCCGAUGCCUCAGUUGGAUCCUUCGGCUGAGAUGAGUUUGGUAGAGUCAUGCAAGAUGGACUCCAUGCUCGAGGGCAUUCGGCGUCUCUGUGAGAGGGGAGUCACCAAGCUGGUGACAGGGGAUCGUAUACGGCAGGCUGUGCGAGAGAUAGAGACCCACGAGUCGAGUAUGAGCAGUAGGUCUAAGGAUGAGCGAGUCCGGUAUGAUGCCAUGCAAGUCGAAGCUGAGCUCAAGACGACACCGUGGAGUCUCAGUAACGACUACUGGGAGGUCGUUGAGGGCGGCAAGCGUGGGGCCUUUUUUGAGUUCUCGCACUUGGGUGACCCAAGUGGGGGUCGAGGAGAAGGGGUCAGCUAUGUACGGCAGCAGAGGUCAGUGGAUGCAGCUUUGGGGGCAGGAGGCGUUGCUAGCGGUCAGAGGCUGAGUCAAAAGCUGGGGGACCUUCGAGCAAAGAGUGCCAAGGAGCUGAGGCAGGAUAUGCGCAAGUUGGGUACGCCGGAAGCUCAGUUGGCUGGGCUUGGUCGCUGGGAGCUGGUCCGGCAACUGUCCGUCCUCUUGCGAGGUGGUGAAGAUGCGGAUGUCGCUCUAGCAGCAGCAGCGAGCAAUGAGUUGCCAGCCAAGAGGAAGCAGUUGCAUAGCGAGCGGUUGGCGACGGCUUGGCGUAAACAGUAUAAGGCAUUGUCGAGGGAGGACAGGGACUUCAGUGAUGUUGAUUCUGAUGAUGACGACGCCAAUGAAGCUGACAUGUCUAAAGUUGGCGAGGACAAGGCCCCAAUAGAUUCCCUAGAGGACGAUCUGUUGGCGGAUCUGAUGGACUCCUCACCGAAGCAGGAGCAGGUGGCUGCUGACUCUGGCGAGGAGAUCGUACCGAGGCUGAAAAUAGUGACCACUGGGCGAGAGAAGGUCACUGGUGCGCCGUGGACCAGGGUCCAGUAUGUGUAUGGCCGGCAUAAUAUUGAUAUCUAUAAACGGUGGAAGAUGAUUGACAAUGUUGACUCAGCGGCUCUGAAGGAGGUCAUCUCGUUGAACGACUCGAGUGGUGGUGGUGGCAGUAACCUCGACAAGAGUUUGAAGAUCCAUCAGCUAUUGAGAGAGAGUAUUGAGCAAGGGAAGUUGGCACCCAAGGAGGUUACUAGAUGCUCGAGGUGCCACUUCUAUGGUCACGAGGCUGAAGACGUAGACAGAUGCCCAGUGAAGGGCAAUGUAUCAUAG